UAUAGCAUCUAUGUACAUCCUCUUCUGCCAUGAAGUUGUUGUUCAAAUUACAGACUCUAAAAUCUCUGUGGACUUUGAAGCUUCCUAAUAGGACUUUCCAUGGACACCCCAGGCUGCUCACAUCUGAUGUAUAUUCACAAUACGAGCCUGUCAGGAGGGGCAAACAGGAAAUACCAAAAUACUUCAACUUUGCAAGUGAUGUUCUGGACAAAUGGUCUGAGAUUGAAAAGGCUGGAAAGAGACCAUCAAACCCUGCCUUUUGGUGGAUAAAUGGAGAAGGUGAAGAAGUGAAGUGGAGCUUUGAGGAGCUGGGGUUCCUGUCUCGGAAAGUGGCAAAUGUUCUGACUAAAGUAUGUGGACUGCAGAAGGGGGACAGAAUUGUUGUGGUCCUGCCACGAGUUCCAGAAUGGUGGCUGAUAGCUGUGGCUUGCAUGCGAGCAGGAAUUGUCUUAAUUCCAGGAAUAUCCCAAUUGUCAGCCAAAGACAUACUAUAUCGACUCCAAGCGUCAAAAGCCACGUGCAUUAUUACCGAUGACACACUGACUCCCGCUGUGGACUCAGUGGCAUCUGAGUGUCAGUUUCUGAAAACCAAGCUAAUUGUGUCCAAAGGCAGUAGGGAGGGAUGGCUCAACUUCACUGACCUCUACAAAAACCAAUCUGCUGACCAUACCUGUGUCAAAACAAGGAUUCAAGACUCAAUGAUUAUCUUCUUUACCAGUGGAACCACAGGUUCUCCAAAGAUGACUGAACAUUCCCAGGGUAGUCUUGGUUUCAGACCCCUUUUAAGUGAAAGGUAUUGGUUGGAUUCGACUCCCUCAGAUGUGAUAUGGAGCACAGCAGACACAGGAUGGAUAGUAGCUUCACUGGCAUCUGUUUUUGAUCCCUGGGUUUUUGGAUCAUGCAUCUUUAUACAUAAGCUACCACGGAUUGAAUCAGCAGCCAUCUUAAAUACUCUUUGCAGAUUCCCUAUUGACACACUGGUUAGUGCUCCAACAUUGUUCCGCAUGCUGGUACAAAAUGAUUUUUCCAGCUACAAAUUCAUGAACCUGAAGCACUGUGUGAGUGGAGGAGAGCCACUCAACCCAGAAGUUCUGCAGCAAUGGAAAAGCAAGACUGGGCUGGACAUCUAUGAAGUAUAUGGACAGACUGAAACGGGAAUAAUCUGCUCUGGUUUUAAAGGAAUGAAGAUUAAACCUGGAUCAAUGGGGAAGGCAGCUCCACUUUACGAUGUUCAGAUUAUAGACAAAAAUGCUAAUAUUCUGCCUUCAGGACAACAGGGGGAAAUUGCUGUCAGAAGCAAACCUAUAAAACCACUUGGUUUUUUCUCUGGAUAUGUGGAUAACCCUAAGAAAACCGCAGAAACUGAACGUGGGGAUUUUUAUGUCACUGGAGACAGAGGGACUGUGGAUGAAGAUGGAUAUUUUCAGUUCAUUGGAAGAGACGAUGACAUCAUCAUUUCUUCAGGAUAUCGCAUUGGGCCUUUUGAAGUAGAGAAUGCCCUGAUAGAACACCCAGCAGUAGCAGAAACAGCUGUUGUCAGCAGCCCAGAUCCCAUCAGAGGAGAGGUUGUGAAAGCAUUUGUGGUCCUGUCCCCAACUUUUUCAUCCAAUGAUUUAGAGAGCUUAACCUGGGACUUGCAGGAGCAUGUCAAGAAAACUACUGCUCCAUAUAAAUACCCCAGAAAGGUGGAAUUUGUCCAAGAGCUGCCAAAAACAGUCACUGGGAAGAUCAAGAGGAAUGAAUUAAGAAAGAAAGAGUGGGGUCGGAUGUAG